AUGUUUCUUCAAGUAGGAAUCUUCUCCAGAGAUUUAAAGCUAUUAAAAUCUCUUGCAGAGGGGCGCCCGCGCCCCUCCUGCAAGACGGCGAGCGGCGCCACCGGGGGGGUUUCAGUACCUGCGCUCUGGAGUGAAAUUACCCGUUAUGGCCAAAACGGCGACUUCAUGCGCGCUCUCAAGACAGUCAACAAGAUACUGCAGAUCAACAAGGAUGACAUAACAGCCCUGCACUGUAAAGUCGUAUGCCUUAUCCAGAAUGGAAGUUUCCAGGAAGCCUUGAAUGUCAUCAAUACUCAUACCAAAGUGUUAGCCAAUAACUCUGUUUCCUUGGAGAAGGCAUAUUGCGAAUACAGGCUGAACAGAAUUGAGAAUGCCUUGAAGACCAUAGAAGGCGCUAACCAGCAGACAGACAAACUAAAGCAGCUUUACGGACAAGUGUUGUACCAGUUGGAACGCUAUGAUGAAUGCUUAGCUGUGUACAGAGAUCUUGUCCGAAACUCCCAAGAUGAUUAUGAUGAGCAAAGAAAAACAAACCUUUCAGCAGUUGUUGCAGCUCAGAGCAAUUGGGAAAAAGUGGUUCCAGAGAACUUGGGCCUCCAAGAAGGCACGCACUAAUUGUGUUAUAAUGCUGCAUGUGCACGGAUAGGACAAGGCCAGCUGAACCAGGCAAUGAAAUUCCUACAAAAAGCUGAAGCUCUUUGCCGCCGUUCACUAUCAGAAGACUCUGAUGGCACGGAGGAAGACCCACAGGCAGAACUGGCCAUCAUCCAUGGUCAGAUGGCCUAUAUUCUGCAGCUUCAGGGUCGUACAGAGGAAGCUUCGCAACUUUACAAUCAGAUAAUAAAACUCAAGCCAACAGAUGUGGGAUUGCUAGCUGUAAUUGCCAAUAACAUCAUUACCAUUAACAAGGACCAAAAUGUCUUUGACUCCAAGAAGAAGGUGAAAUUAACCAACACAGAGGGAGUAGAGUUUAAGCUUUCCAAGAAACAACGGCAAGCUAUAGAAUUUAACAAAGCUUUACUUGCUAUGUACACAAACCAGGCAGAGCAAUGCCGCAAAAUAUCCUCCAGUUUGCAGUCCCAAAGUCCUGAGCAUCUCCUGCCUGUGUUAAUCCAAGCUGCCCAGCUCUGCCGUGAAAAACAGCACAUAAAAACAAUAGAGCUGCUUCAGGAAUUUUCAGAUCAGCAUCCAGAAAAUGCAGCUGAAAUGAAGCUGGCCAUGGCACAACUGAAAAUUUCCCAAGGUAACAUUUCCAAAGCCUGGCUAAUAUUGAGAAGCAGAGAGGAGUUAACAAAACCAGGCAUGGUGUCUGCAUUAGUGACCAUGUACAGCCACGAGGAAGAUAUCGAUAGUGCCACUGAGGUCUUCACACAAGCUAUCCAGUGGUAUCAAAACCAUCAGCCCAAAUCUUCUGCUCGUUUGUCUUUGCUAAAAGAAGCUGCGAACUUCAAACUCAAAUACGGGCGGAAGAAGGAGGCAAUUAGUGACCUAGAACAGCUACGGAAACAAAAUCCAAAAGAUAUUCAUACCCUGGCACAGCUUAUUUCUGCUUACUCGCUUGUAGAUCCUGAGAAAGCAAAAGCUCUUAGUAAACACUUGCCCUCAUCCGAUAGUAUGUCUCUCAAAGUAGAUGUUGAGGCUCUUGAAAAUUCUUCUGGUGCUACGUACGUUCGGAAGAAGGGCGGAAAAGUUGCUGGAGAUACAAAGGAGCGAGGCCAGGGAGAUUUGAAAAAGAAGAAGAAUUAAAAGAAGGGAAAACUGCCUAAGAAUUAUGACCCAAAAGUUACCCCAGAUCCAGAAAGAUGGCUACCAAUGCGAGAACGUUCUUACUACAGAGGAAGGAAGAAGGGUAAAAAGAAGGAUCAGAUUGGAAAAGGGACCCAGGGAGCAACUGCAGGAGCGUCAUCUGAAUUGGAUGCCAGUAAAACUGUGAGCAGCCCUCCCACCUCCCCAAGACCUGGCAGUGCAGCAACAGUAUCUGCCUCUACAAGUAAUAUCAUACCCCCACGACACCAGAAACCUGCAGGGGCUCCAGCAACAAAAAAGAAACAGCAACAGAGGAAGAAGAAAGGUGGAAAAGGUGGCUGGUGAUUAGAACAUUCUUGUUGCAGGCUAUUUUAAAACUAGUCUCAGUGAUGCUAGGAAUAUGAUAAAGGUAACACAGCAAGAAGCACAGAACUGCUCCCUCCCUUACCCCUACAUUUUCAUAAAAUUCCUUUCUUGUGCAUCAAAUAGGAAAACCAUCUUCCUCAAACUCGAUGCCUAGUCAGACUUGGCCUUCUUGUACCACCUAGCUUUGCACAGAUUAUGAGGGCUCGGACUCAGAAUAAUGAGCAUUUAGCCACCUUGAUAUCUGUUGCAUCCUUUAUCUUUGUGUGCUGAUCUGGUCUGUUUUCAGUUCGACAAACAAGGCAUGUUAUCAAAAGUUUUUCCAGGAUUUACGUUUUCACCUAGAGUCUGAACAUACUUGUUCCUGUUCAUAUUGCACAUAAAUUAUGUCAUAGGAGACUGAAAGUGGAAUCUUCUGAGCAUUCCAAAUAUCUGCUUGGGAAUAUCAUGUAAUAAAAGGGACCUUAUUAAUACACUGAUGUUCUUCACUUCAUUAAAUGAGUAACCACAGGAAAACUGAAGUAAAUGUCUUGACUAUUCUGUCAUGUGAUACUGGAAUACGGGAUACUUUUCACUAUAUUUAUAUAUAUGUAUAAAUUGGGGCUCCUUUGCAAGCCCCUAUCAUCUUCAGAUUAUAAUGACAUUAUACUGAUUUAGCACCAUUAAAGAACUCAAGGAAUAUCAGCAUUGCAAGAAGUUGACUCUUAGACCCAGUGUUCUGAGGUCAGAUUGGUUUGGACUGCCUCAAUCAGAAAUAUUAAUGGCCCCUAUGAAGAGCAUGAAUACUGACUUCCUAAGCUGAGAGGAAAUCAAUACCAGAGUUCAGUACCACACAUUAUUAAGACCUAACAGGACCGUUUGACCGAAUUAAUACUUACAUGGCUUCUCUUUCUAGUUAUGAGUAUGACCAUUCAUAAGCCUUCUCAGAGUAAUGGAUUAUUUUAUAGUCAUCUUAUGGUGUAAAUGUUGUGCUUGUCUUUCCUUGCUUACAAGCCACUUUCUCAUUGAACUGCUGCAGGACAAGAACAUUGGGAUGCCUACCCUUGUACUCAUUUUAUGCUAUCCAAGAUAUCAUUUAAUUGAGAUUUGUGAGUAUUUCCUUGUGAUCAUAUUACUCUGUCCUUGUUAAUAAAGUAAUGCUGUGUUUGAC